AUUGUGAGUCGUGCAACAAUGCUUCCCUUCCUCACAGAAACAACCAAAGCUCGCCGUGAAAUCAACCUUGGAGGCUCGUCGACAGCGACUUCGCAUACGUCCAUCGUCGACCAGGCUCGUGCACGACGCAACGAACGCGAAGCGCUCCGGAAGCGCACCGAUAGCGCUGUUGCCAUCCAGUCAUGGUGGAGAGGCAAUCUUGCAGCUCGACAUGUGCGGCUGCAGAUGCGCGAUGUCUUUCAGGCGGAUGUAGUUGGAAUCAACGGGAUGCGAUGUCUGGUGUUGUGCAAGGAUGAGGAGAUGCUGAGGGCCUGGUCGACGACCGUGAACAACAAGGGACCGGAGGCGCUUUUUGGCCUUGCAAAAGGAGAAGACGGACAACGGUGGCUUGUGCUCAUACGGCAGAUCACUAUUCUGCUAUUGCACUCGGUUGCUCGGAACCCUCGGUCCGAGAGCACGGUGAUGCAUUUGAACGUUAUAAACUCCCUUCUGGAUGGUUCGACGGCGGCGUCGUUCCUAGGAUUGGACCAAGCCCGAGAAGUCACCGAGGAUAUAACAUCGUACGUUCUCGGUCGAGACCUGCUAAAGUCGAUAGGGCAAGCCAUAACAUCCAUCCCCGCUGAAUCGCGUACGCAUCCCGCCUUACCCAUCUUGGUCAAGCUGGUGCCUCUUCCUCUCGACACCCUUCAAAGCGCCUCAAAACAGCCGCAUCCACUUCUCCCUCGCUAUCUACACGACCUCAUAACAUGUAUUCUCAGCAUUCCACUCUUGCCUAAUCGCAUACCUAUCACGUCGCUUUCGUCGCUCUCAUCACGUCUCCCACUUGCAUCCCUGCAUCUUGCAUCAUGCUUCGAUCCAACUUCGCCUACAACGCUCAACUUAGACGUCAAGCCUGACUUACGACCCCAUCUGCUUGCUAAUCUUCUCACUUUCACAUCUCCUCGAUACGCAUCACUUCCCACACCAGCGCUCACCGCUUACCUUCGGCUAAUUGGUUCCCUCGCUUGCAUUCUUGACGCAGAGAACGCACCAUCACAAGAUAUAGUUGUCCGUAGGAUAGACGAAGAUGACAUGGACGUAUCACCAUCGCCCCAUUCCCAGCUCCCACCCACCAAGAUGAACGUGCUAGAUAGCAAGACACUCAAACGCAUAGCUUCCCUGCACUCCGCCAACCACCUUACCUCCCUCCUACGCACUACCCAGAAUGCGCUAAAUCGGACCAACGAACCGUUGCACGCCCUCACGCUGCUUCUCCUCGCUAUAAUCCGGGCAUUCCCAAGCCAAAGAGGAAGAGUACUAAACAGCGUCCUGGUUUGGGGAGGUGGCGGGAUGAUACGGGAAAUAUGGCGAGCAUGGGUGAGGAGCGCGAAGAUCGGAAACGGUGAAGGGAGAGAAGUCUAUGAUUCAUCCAAUGCAUCGCACUGGCCGCCCCUCUUGCUGCUCACUGAGCUCUACACCCAGAGUCUCCUUACCAUGGGCGACGACGAGUUCUUUGCCCAAGGCCGAGGUGGUCCAUCCGCCUCCACGUCUGCCUCCGCCUCAGGUCGCGCCACUGCCCCACUUCUGACGCUUGACGAGCUAGUCGCGUUCUCGCGGCGGCUGUUCAACAUCGCGUUCGUACUGUACUGGCGGGACGACGUUUUUGCCGGAUCUUCCUCUGGCCCUGGGUCCGGCGUUGGUGCUGGAAUUGCCAAGAGCGGGGAAUUCAGUGGUUUCGGCUCUUCGUCUUCCAACGGCAGUAGUGGAAGUAGUUCUGGGGCAGCCGCGGCCGUGCCUAACGGUUCGGCUGGAAGUGGGAGAGUGCCACUUGUGGAUUCACCUCUUCCGGGGUUGGGAGGGAUUACGUGGGAGAACGCGAGGGAGAGUGUCACGACGUGUUUGAGGGCGGUUUGCGAGAGAGACUCGCGGAAGCCGUUCAUGCCUGCGGACCAGUGGCACGUGAGCGCGCAUAUAGACAUGGAGUCCUUUGUGGACGCAGCUAUCUUUGAAGCUGAACAGCUCUCAUCCGAAGAAGACGCCCCUAUAACACAACGUCAGCUAACCAAGCGGCAAAUCGCGCACCUUAGUCCACGUUUGCAGAUCCUGCAUAACAUGCCGUUCGCAAUCCCAUUCGACACGCGCGUGCGCAUCUUCCGGUGCUUCGUGUACAACGAUAUGCGCACGCGUGCUAACCGGCGGGAUGGAUCCGGUGCGUUCGGGAUGAACGGCCGCUGGAUGGGCGGACCGAGGGGAAGAACGGAGGUGGCGAUCCGCCGCGGGCACAUCUCACAGGAUGGGUUUGAUAGGCUCGGCGAGAUGGAUCUGCGGGAGCCAGUGUCGAUCACGUUUAUUGAUCAGUUUGGAAACGAAGAGGCUGGCAUCGACGGAGGCGGCGUCUUCAAGGAGUUCUUCACGUCGCUCUGCAAGGAGGUUUUUGACACGGAUCGUGGAUUGUGGCUUGCGAACAAGAAGAACGAGCUUUAUCCUAAUCCGAUAUCCUAUGCCACCGAGUCCCACAGCUUGAACUGGUAUCGGUUUAUUGGGCGUAUUAUUGCGAAGGCGCUGUAUGAGGGAAUUCUAGUUGAAGUUGCGUUUGCUGGUUUCUUCCUCGCCAAGUGGCUUGGCAAGCAAAGUUUGUUGGACGACUUGGCGUCACUUGAUCCCGACUUGCAUCAAGGGCUCAUUUUCCUGAAGAACUACAACGGCGACGUAGGAGACUUGUCGCUCAACUUCACCAUCGCUAUUGACGAGUUUGGGGCGAACAAGACUAUCGAUCUGAUCCCGAACGGGAGUAACGUGGCUGUUACGAAGGAGAACAGGCUGCAAUACAUAUACCUCGUGUCGCACUAUCGUCUGAGUCGGCAGAUCCGAUUGCAGAGCGACGCCUUCUUUGAGGGUCUGUCGGAAAUCAUCGAUGACAAGUGGCUCAAGAUGUUCAAUCAACAAGAACUACAGAUUCUCCUCGGCGGAGUGAACGCACCCAUCGAUCUGCAAGACCUCCGCGCGAACACGCAGUACGGCGGAUUGUAUGAUGAUCAUGCGUCGACGAUCGAGGCUUUCUGGAAAGUUCUUGAGUCGUUCAACCAGGAGCAGAGACGGGCAUUCCUGCGCUUCGUUACGAGCUGUAGUCGGCCGCCGUUGCUCGGUUUUAAGGAGCUUAGGCCACAAUUUGCCAUACGAGACUCUUCGAAUGAUCAGAAUUGGCUUCCGACGGCGAGCACAUGUGUUAACCUACUGAAGCUUCCGCGCUAUGAGUCUGAGAGCGUGCUGCGCGAUAAACUACUGCAGGCUAUCUACUCGGGCGCAGGAUUCGACUUGUCUUGAGCGAUCCAUCGCUAGACAACUCUAUAUUACAUUUGUUUUUAGACUGAGGUUCUGUAUUAUCUGUAAUGCUUAACUUUGCCGUACAUGGCGAGCACGCGAUACAUUAGCUGUAUAUACAGGAAUAAAUUGUUACCAG